UGUUCAGGUGAAAAACAUGACGUAAAGAGACUGGAAAUCCACAUAACAAUACGACUGUAGUUUUUGUGUACUCCGUUCACUGUAUAAAAGCACGCAUGUCUGACUGUAAUCUUCAUUCCAACUCGGACGGAACGACACUGGCGAGUGGACUAGGGAGCCACUAAACUAGGGAUUUACUUUAUAUUUGGUUUACAUCUCGGGGUAAACAGUCGGUGUUGAGAUAAGUUAUACACUUUUGUAAAUAUAGCUUGAAUACGUGUUGUACGUUAUAUAACUAGGCCUAGUUGUAUCUGUUAUAGAAGUUAGUAUUCUGAUAGUCUUGCUCCAGUGCAGCAGUGUUAAACACAUCAAUAGAUCAACUCUUACGACAUUAAAACAACUUGCCACUUUCGGCCUUAAAUAUGUUUGGUAAAGAUGGAAGAACAGUCUUGAACAUUUUAGUGUGGGGAUGUUUGAACUCAGCGUUUUGGAUGUCACUUCCGGUAGCUUCAGCACCACUGGCCGUUCCGGAAGUGGACCGUAACAAACCUACGGCCAGGAUAAUCGUUCAUGUCCGACAGAGGAGGUCGAGACACUGGGAUUUCUGGCAGCUCAACAGCAAUGUAUGUCCACCAUCUCUAUGUUUUUCGUCUGACGAAGGUGGCGAAGAUGCACCAAAACGCCCGAGAGGUACCGGUGGAAGUAUAUUCUAUAAUGGCGAUAUCGUACUGGACCCGUACUCAGAAGAAAUUAUAUUCGGUUCAAACGAAGGGCGACGAAGAAAGCGGGCCACUGUCCGGAACCGCGACAACUUAUGGAAGAAUGGCGUUGUGUAUUUCAUGUUUGAUAAAUCAAUUAACCCCCUUGCAAAGAGAGCAGCCAAGCGUGCUAUGAAACACAUCAGCGAACGCACGUGCAUUCAGUUCGAGAAAAAGACAAAAGACACUGAAGAUUAUGUACGGAUCAUCAGCGAGCCAGGUUGCUGGUCCAGUGUCGGGCGUCUUGGUGGAGAGCAAAAACUUAGUCUUGGCAGGGGGUGUGAGCGGGAAGUUGGAACAGCCGUUCACGAACUGCUACACACGUUAGGCUUCUGGCAUGAACAUGCUCGGCCGGACCGUGACGAUUACGUACAGAUAGUUUACCCCAACAUCUCGCCUCGCUACGUCCCAGAUUUCUUACCCAUCAACGAAACACUGUCUAAGCCCCGAGGGUUUCCGUAUGACUAUAAAAGUAUCAUGCAUUACAAGGACCGAACGUUCACCAACAAUGGCGGGAAAACGAUCAGGGUUAUUGGUGUUGGGAAGACAAUGAAGUUCAGCAUUGGUCAGAGGGACGGAAUGAGUGAAAUUGAUAUCUCUCAGCUGAAGGACAUGUAUUUUUGUAACCAAAAGCAGGACAAGAAUGAAACAACGUGUCCAAAAGAUUGGGUCAAGUUCCAGACCAGCUGCUACCUGUUUGUCCGAGGUCCCAGAAAGCAGUUCUCUGGAGGUCAGAAACACUGCCAGCAGUACAACGGUCAUCUGGUGGCUGUGGACAACCAGUACGAAAACAAGUUCCUUAACAAACACAUCAAAGACAACUUUCCAAACAUCCGGAAAUGGCGAACGGGUGGACGACGCAUCAACGAUACCUUCUACUGGGAUCAGGGAGACGUCAAUGACUUGGAGAAACUUGACUUCCGGUCAGACUGGUUCACCUUCGAACCCAAAAGGUACUCCUCCCUGGUUCUGAGGAUGAACGUUAAGACAAACAACCUGGAAUGGAAGGGCGACUGGGUAGGAUCGGCCAAACAGCUACCGAAAUAUGCCUACUCCUACAUAUGUGAGAGACCUGCAAAACGUAAGUGUAUCAAGGGAGACCACCCUGAUGGACGAAACUACCGGGGGACGUUAGAUCACACACGAGAUGGGAUCACGUGCCAGAACUGGACCUCACACUAUCCUCACGACCACAAGCUUGUAGACUCGGACGCUGUGGAGGAGGAUAAGGACGGAAUCGGUCCACAUAACUUCUGUCGGAACCCAAUGUCUCUGAGGAGAAAUCGACCAUGGUGCUUCACCAACAAACUCAAGGAGACAUGGGGAUAUUGUGACGUCAGCAUUUGCGCACAAGCAUCCAAGGUGAAGGCCGACAAUAGUGUUGAUGAAGGUAAUACUGUUCAGGCUGAUAAUACUCAAAAUAAUAAGAAUGUCGAUGAUCCUGUCCGGGGAAGUACUGGAUAUAGGGACCGUACCGUGCAGCGCCAAACCAGAGACAGUUUAGACACUUUUGACGGGGUAGUACAGGUAUCCGACAGGAAUAAAACUGACCGACGCAGACGCAGAGGUCAGAGACAGCCUAAAGAAAGGAUGCAGAGAGAUGGUGGGACCAAAUACCGGAAGAGGCGUAUAGGUAGGAGUAAUCACAGACGUAAUAGAAGGAACCGGAACCGGAAGAGCUGAACACGUGGCCAGUAACCCGUACAAUAACGGUUCUGUCUUGUCACUACAAAGAUGACAAUCUCUGUUAUUUUUGAAAGUAAGGAAACCAACCUGGCGCUAAUGUCGAGUGAAAGAGUCCCAAACACGUCUUGUAUUCUAAAGUUGGAGAUAUCGGUACUAUCCCCAAACUCAGGGAGGAAAUGACACUCUUCACCCCAGGAGAGGGCACACAUGAUGAUGAAGCAUUGGGUGACAUACAAUAGACUAAGAUGUGGCUUUAGUACUGUUGAAAUUCACUCUUGGAAACUUCGGCAAUGUGCAAUCUCUGAUACAACAACCCCCGGAAUACUCCCGUUCGUGUUUAUACCAGUACUCAUUUGCACGCCGCCUAAUCGCGUUCAUUAAUGAAUUGGUUUGUUUUAUACACCCAGAAGAAUAACUCAUGUUGCAAUUCCUUAUUUUACGGACGACAAUCAAAUGCAUUAGUUGAGAUUAUUAUCUAUGACAGUGUUAGUAAUGGAUAUCUAUAAGAGAGGUAGUAUUACGAGAUGUAGUAAUAUAUUCUGUAAUGGAUAUCUAUAUAGAGGUAGUAUUACGAGACAUAGUAAUAUAUUCUGUAAUGGAUAUCUAUAUAGAGAUAGUAUUACGAGACAAAGUAAUAUAUUCUGUAAUGGAUAUCUAUAUAGAGGUAGUACUACGAGAUGUAGCAAUAUAUUCUGUAAUGGAUAUCUAUAUAGAGAUAGUAUUACGAGACAGAGUAAUAUUUUCUGUAAUGGAUAUCUAUAUAGAGGUAGUAUUACGAGACAUGGUAAUAUAUUAUGUAAGGAAUGUAUUCCAUCCCCCAAUCUACAAGUCAUUUUAUGUUAUUUGCGCUUUCCAUGUAAUGAAGCGAUGUGAAGUAAGUUUUUUUUUUUUAUUGACCAUUAAGUUUAUAAUGCUUGUAUAUUUCCAUAACUGAUACAGGAUCUUUUUAAGUUUUACUUAGGUAUUUUUUUAAAUUUUAAAUCAAUCAUAAUUCGAUAUUUCAACACCCAAACUGCUACAUGUAUUUUAUAGUUAAUACUGAAUGUGAGGAUUUUUCUUUAGAAUGUAAUUCUUUACAAAAAGAUAAAUGGCUGUUGUAAUAAUUUGUUGCUUUAUUGUAUACGAAAUCAAUUAUCUGUGCUUGUGUUUGAAAUGUUAUACUUCUGUGAAGUAUAUUUUCUAAGUUCGUUUGUUACUAUGUCAUCAUAUAUUCCAUUAUUCCAUUUAGUUUGCGUCCUCCCAUUGUAAUACAUAAAGAGGCGCAAUCUGGGUUAUAAGACCAUAACACCAUUUGAUCACAUGGUCACUAUUGUGACGCCAUAAUCUCAAUUUGAUAACGCUGAUUUUACUGUUCGAAAUUCGUCAUGAACUGAAGAAAAUGUAAAUAAGUAAUGUAAUUUGGAGCAAUGGUGUUAUGGUCCUAUAACACGCAUUGCUAUUUUGUGACAAACUAAUGCCUUGCCAUCAUGUCAUCUUUCAGAUGAAUUUUGAAAUGAAUUAUGAGUAUGUAUGCCGGCUUUUACGAAUUGUGUUGUCUCAUUGUUCAACUGGUGUUGGUGUAUAUGAUGUCGCUUUUUUUACAAAUUGUUGACGUCAUACAAUGAUUGUCGAUGUUUAUGACGUGACGUGGUUUUUAUGAAUCGUCGGAGAAUUGAUACGUAUUCGGUAACCUUAUUUGCUUAUAUGUUGGUACAUGUGUCGUUGCAUAUUUGUUUUACGUAUGGUCGACCUCGUGUUGUUGUAUUGAGUUAUUGGUGUGAAUGACGUCACAUUGUUGAAGUAGAUUGUUGGUUUGAAUGACGUCACAUUAUCGUACUGGAUUGUUGGUGUGUAUGACGUCAUAUUGUGUAAGUGGAUCGUUGGUGGGUAUGACGUCACCUUGUGUAAGUGGAUCAUUGGUGUGUAUGACGUCACAUUGUGUAGGUGAAUCGUUGGUGUGUAUGACGUCAUAUUGUGUAAGUAGAUCGUUCGUUUGUAUGACGUCACGUUGUAGUACUGAAUUUAAAUGUUUAUGUAUAACGUCACAUCAGUGCCAUAUAACAUAACUCCUAAUGUACAUCAUAAUAUUAGCUUCUCUCUAUCACUUGUGAACUGCAUUGCCUGGUGAAAUUAUUAAAGGUGAAAAUAUGUUUAAA